CCGUUUACUCUCCAGCCUCCCACCCCCACCGCUGAAAUGCUACAUAGGGAAGCGCCUCCUUUAGGUGGAGGGUCCUUCAGGCUGCUGUGCUAAAGAGAGCUGGGAGUUCAGAUCCUCCCCUCAGUGGCUGAGUCCCUGGGCUGGAGCGGCUGGUCUUUAGAAGUGAGUCCUGAUGGCUCUAGUCCGAGCCGCGCAGGUGGGGAGAAGCUGAGCUGAGAUUAGCUACUGAGGGGGAUGAGAGGUUGUUAACUACAAGGCACAGGAGAGGAGUGGCGGCGACAGGCGACAGGAACCCAGGAGCACCAUGCCACUGCAGGAGGAGACCCUCCGGGAAGUGUGGGCCUCAGACAGGUGGGAACCCCCCACAUUGUCCCAUGUGAACACCAGGUCCCAUUUGCAGGACCACAGUGGUGGUGGCGGGAUGGGGGGAGUAGAACGCAAGAAGGGAACAGCCUGGUUCCAUUGUACCCUCAGUGGCCCUGAAGAGGACUGGCUGAGCCCGGAACCGCAGCAGCGCCCCAAGCAGCGACCCAUCCAGGGACAGAAAUUGAAGAAAAAGAAGUCCGAGACCCCGGAGUCUCAGGGAUCCAAGCCCCGCAAAGAUGGAGCUGGGCGCAAGAAGCUCGAGGAGCCGCCCGCAGACCCCGCAGAGGCGCGCGCUGUGCCGACAGUCUACGCCAAGUUCCUUCGGGACCCCGAGGCCAAGAAGCGGGAUCCCCGGGAAACCUUCCUGGUUGCCCGCGCCCCAGAUGUGGGAGGCGUGGAGGAUUUGGAGGAGGAUUCCGAUGACGAUGAUGAAGAGGAUGAGGAAGAGGGGAAAAAAGAGAAAAGCUCUCUGUCCCCCAGGAGACCACCACCCAAGGGAAGAGAGAAGAAAGCCAAGGCCCUAGGCCCGCGGGGGGACCUAGGAAGCCCUGAAGCCCCCCGGAAACCAUCCCACACCAAGAAGAAGGAGGCAGGGGAGGGAACCAAGCUGAAGAAGGCAAAGAAGAAAGGGGCUGGGGAGGCUGACAAGGACCCCUCGAGGAGUCCAGCAGCCCUGAGGAAGAAGACCCCAGCAGCCAUGUUCCUAGUUGGGGAAGGUGGCCCUGCUGAAAAGGAUGUGAAGAAGAAAGGGCCAGCCAAAGGCUCAGAGGAAGAGAAGAAGGACGAAGGGGAGGAGGAAGAGGAGGAGUCUUCAGUGAUGAAGAAUAGCAACCAGAAGGGCCGAGCAGCGAAAGGGAAAGGCAGAAAGAAAGUGAAGGAGGAGAGGGCUUCGUCUCCCCCGCUGGAAGUGGGUGAACCUCGGGAGUUUGUGCUGCAGCCAGCGCCCCAGGGCAGGGCAGUGCGCUGCCGGCUGACACGGGACAAGAAGGGCAUGGACCGUGGCAUGUACCCAUCCUACUUCCUACACCUGGACACGGAGAAGAAGGUGUUCCUCUUGGCCAGCAGGAAACGCAAGCGCAGUAAGACAGCCAACUACCUCAUCUCCAGAGACCCUACCAACUUGUCCAGGGGAGGGGAGGACUUCAUCGGGAAGCUGAGGUCCAAUCUCCUGGGCAACCGCUUCACAGUCUUUGACAACGGGCAAAGCCCACAGCGCGGCGGAGGUGUGGACGUGGGGAGCCUGCGCCAGGAGCUGGCAGCUGUGAUCUAUGAAACCAAUGUUUUAGGGUUCCGAGGACCCCGUCGCAUGACUGUCAUCAUCCCUGGAAUGAACUCGGACAAUGAGAGAGUCCCUAUCCGGCCCCGAAAUUCCAGCGACGGACUGCUGGUGCGCUGGCAGAACAAGACGCUGGAGAGCCUCAUCGAACUACAUAACAAGCCGCCCAUCUGGAACGAAGACAGUGGCUCCUACACCCUCAACUUCCAGGGCCGGGUUACCCAGGCCUCCGUCAAGAACUUUCAGAUUGUGCACGCUGAUGACCGCUCAGGCCUUCCAGGGGGCUCAGGCCCAGAGCCCAGAGCAACCAGCACAAUAGCGUCCAACAGCUGGACCGCCAACAGCAGCCCCGGGGAGGCCCGGGAGGAUGGGUCCGAAGGCCUGGACAAGGGGCUCGACAACGAUGCCGAGGGAGUGUGGAGCCCGGACAUCGAGCAGAGCUUCCAGGAGGCCCUGGCCAUCUACCCGCCCUGUGGCCGGCGCAAGAUCAUCCUGUCAGAUGAGGGCAAGAUGUACGGUCGAAAUGAGCUGAUUGCCCGCUACAUCAAACUGAGGACUGGAAAGACCAGAACGAGAAAACAGGUGUCCAGCCACAUACAGGUUCUAGCUCGGAAGAAGGUUCGUGAAUACCAAGUUGGCAUCAAGGCUAUGAACCUGGACCAGGUCUCCAAGGACAAAGCACUCCAAAGCAUGGCGUCCAUGUCAUCUGCACAGAUCGUCUCUGCCAGCGUCCUGCAGAACAAGUUCAGCCCGCCCUCCCCUUUGCCCCAGGCUGUUUUCUCCACCUCCUCAAGGUUCUGGAGUAGCCCGCCUUUGUUAGGACAACAGCCUGGACCGUCUCAGGACAUCAAGCCCUUUGCCCAGCCUGCCUACCCCAUCCAGCCUCCCCUGCCACCGACACUCAACAGUUACGAGUCCCUGGCCCCGCUGCCACCAGCCCCUGCCUCCUCUUCCUCUGCGCCUGCAUGGCAGGACCGCACCAUCGCCUCCUCUCGGCUACGCCUCCUGGAAUAUUCCGCCUUCAUGGAGGUGCAACGGGACCCCGACACGUACAGCAAACACCUGUUUGUGCACAUCGGCCAGACAAACCCUGCCUUCUCAGACCCACCCCUGGAGGCGGUGGAUGUACGCCAGAUCUAUGACAAGUUCCCUGAGAAGAAGGGGGGGCUGAAGGAACUCUAUGAGAAGGGGCCCCCGAACGCCUUCUUCCUUGUCAAGUUCUGGGCUGACCUCAACAGCACAAUUCAGGAGGGCCCUGGGGCCUUCUACGGGGUCAGCUCACAGUACAGCUCAGCCGACAGCAUGACCAUCAGCGUCUCCACUAAGGUGUGCUCCUUCGGCAAGCAAGUGGUAGAGAAAGUGGAGACUGAGUACGCCCGCCUGGAGAACGGCCGCUUCGUGUACCGCAUCCACCGCUCGCCCAUGUGCGAGUACAUGAUCAACUUCAUCCACAAGCUGAAGCACCUGCCCGAGAAGUACAUGAUGAACAGCGUGCUGGAGAACUUCACCAUUUUGCAGGUGGUCACAAGUCGGGACUCACAGGAGACCCUGCUCGUCAUUGCCUUUGUCUUCGAAGUCUCCACCAGUGAGCAUGGGGCACAGCACCAUGUCUACAAGCUUGUCAAAGACUAGCGUCCCUUUGACGUCCACCAGGAUGCAAGACGGACUUUCUUCCACACACCUGCCUGCCUGGGCUCCCACGGUGGGUUGGGGGACUCACCCACCUAUGGGCUUGAGGCUGGGACCCAGGCUGCCUCCUUGGCCCCGGCACACACGCUCCCUGCCACUGUUCUGCGCUUUACUGGAGAGAAGAGGGCUCCGUGGUGAUGUGGCCUUCCUGGGCAUCGACCCACAGAUGACCGCGUCCCACCUGGCCUCAAGUGACAUCAGAGUUGGGGGAUGGAGGACACCUGCGGGCUUAGUGCCUGGUCUCUGUCCUAAGGGAGCCAUGAGCAGGUGAGGGUAGAAUGGAGACCAGAGAGGCAGCUUGCAAGGCUGCCCUUGUACAAGGUGUCAAGUUGGGGGCUGGGCUAAGAAUGGCCCACACUUCUCCGUACCUUCUGGGUACCAGCCUGUUCCCAGGCCCCGUGCACAGUGAGCUUGGGUCUCCUGUCAAAGUGCCAAGAUGGAGGCUCACAGAAGUGGGCGGAGCUGGAGCCUAAGUUCAGCUACCUCCCUAAAACAGGUCUGGCUACAGGGGAGGGGGCUGUGCUGGCACAGAGCAAGCGGCACAGCUGGGCUGGAGGCUGGACAGUGUGCUGCCCCUUCUCCCCAGCGUACCUGCAGCUAGGCAUCCCUUCAGUGACAGGUGGCAGGGAACAGGAGGCUGGAACUUGAAGAGCCCUUGUCUCCUCCCCUGCUUCCUCCAUAUCCAGGCCCCUGAGGGUCAACUGGCCUGUUCCCAGGUCACCUGGGUAUUUAAGAGUUUCAAAAUGAAGUACUGUGCCCCUCCUCAUCCUGCCCGAGCUUCCUGAAGGUUUUCACCGUUCGCAUACUGCUCAGGCCACCUCCAAACCCCACCUAGGUUUUAUAACAUGUAUUAUAUGUAUUUUUGUGUAUUUUUAAAUCCAGCUGUGAUGGGCUAUAUCAUAAAUGGCUCAAGGCAGGGGCCCAAGGCCUGGUUCCUGCUAAAACAAUUAAAAAAGCUGUUGGGUCAGGA